ACAGUGCUUUUUGAAUGCAGCGUGAAUGCAGCGCAGCGCUUCCCAUUGACCAGGCAUCCCUUCCGGUAGAUGAGGUCAACUUUUCCCUAGAUCCGCCAUUUCAGUCCCGGAGUUUCUUGUUGCACAUUAGUUUUGCAUUUAAUUGUUUGUCAGUUUAACGUUUAAGCUGUUAAUUAUUAGGUUUUGUGGUGCAACAGAAGUUCCGUCAACUUAAACGUAUCAACAUUACUCGUGGAAGUUGCAAAAAUUGGGGUAUUAUACAGUUUUUUUUUUCAGGGGAGGCGUUAGUCUACCAAAGUUUUGUAUGAGUUGCGGAUAGGGAGAGGCGAAGGGGAAAGGCCUCAAGCCUCGGACAGGAUUUCACAGCCAUGGCCGGUAAUUUUGAUGCUGAAGACCGUGCUAGCUGGUACUGGGGAAAGCUAAGCCGCCAGGAAGCAGUUUCUCUUUUACAGGGACAGAGACAUGGCGUUUUCCUGGUGAGAGACUCAAUUACCAGCCCUGGUGACUACGUGCUGUCCGUAUCAGAGAACUCCAAAGUGUCCCAUUAUAUAAUCAACAGCAUCAGUAACAACCGGCAAUCUGGCUCAGGUAUGGCUCCUCCUCGGUUUCGGAUUGGUGAUCAGGAGUUUGAAGCGCUGCCGGCUCUGUUGGAGUUUUAUAAGAUCCACUACCUGGACACAACCACACUCAUAGAGCCCAUAAACAAGGCUAGGAACACAGGAUUCAUCAGCUCCCCCUCUGUUGGCGUCCCGCCGCAGCCCGAGGAGGCAGAGUUUGUACGGGCGCUAUUUGACUUCCCUGGCAACGAUGAGGAGGACCUCCCCUUCCGCAAAGGUGAUAUCCUGCGCGUGCUGGAAAAGCCCGAGGAGCAGUGGUGGAACGCUGCUAACCAGGAGGGCAGAGCCGGGAUGAUCCCUGUGCCCUACGUGGAGAAGUACCGACCUGCCUCGCCCACUGCUGCCGGCCUGGGCCCCCCUGUUGUGGGGACUGGACAAGGGGGGCAAGUUGGAGGGGUAGGGGGCAGCACAGACGGAACAGGGAGCCCUCAGGCAAAUCCUCUGGGGGACCCAGGCCAGUACGCUCAGCCUGUGGCCAAUGCCCAGCUCCCUAACUUACAGAAUGGGCCCGUCUAUGCUCGAGCCAUUCAGAAGAGGGUGCCCAACGCCUACGACAAGACGGCACUCGCUCUGGAGGUGGGAGACAUGGUACAAGUGACCAAGAUCAACGUGAACGGCCAAUGGGAGGGUGAGUGCAAGGGCAAACGAGGCCACUUUCCCUUCACCCACGUUCGACUGUUGGAACAACACCAUCCCGAUGACGAGAGCUGAGAAACAACGCCCUCCCAUCACCUCGACAGUGUCCAGCACAGCCCUUCCCUUUCGGUCAUUUUGUCAUGCUCGGAAAGAAAAAAGAUGUAUACAAGCACACAGUAUAUGAACCUAUGACCUCAACUGGUCAGGCACUACUGGCCCUGCCAACACAAGGCGUGUUGGGUGAUAUUGCCUACUGUCAUUUUGAAAAGUUUACACUUAGGUCAGACUGAUAUCGGUUCCCCUAAAUCACCUUCUUUCUUUUUUUUUUAAGUCAGCAUUACACACUGCAAUUGUUGGCUCCCUCUUGAUUACUUUUCCGAAACCUGCAAUUAAUUAUGUCUUGCAUUCAGAAAGAUAGCGGCAUGUUUUGGUUUAGUAUUUAUGAAUGUUACAUUUUAAAGGAACCCACUUGUGUGUUGUCUUAACCAGAAUCACAUAUUGAUGAUAUUGAUCAUCAGCUUCAUGUUAGCCUAGCUUGAAUCCACAACUGCAAGCAGAGGGUAACCGGUUGGUAACCAGUUGGGCCUAACAGCCUCCCUCCCAAGCAGCGGUUAACCGGUUGGCCUAGCUGAGUCAAGAGAAAAGAAUUGGACAACAACUUCUAAUAACUCCAGAGCCGUUUUAUUUACUUUUGUAUGAUGAUUAGGUGUAGAAUUGAGGCAGUGUUUUAAGGGGGCCUUCACACCUAACCGGCUCGGUUCAAACAUGAAAAUUCGGAUCUCGGCCCUACUCCAUGUAUUUUAGCAGUUCUUCAUUAAACAGCGAAUGAAACGUAGCGACCACACAGUAAUCACCGCCCCUGUAAUGUUACAGCACAAGGCACCUCUUUUUUCUUCCCGUUUCUACCUAUUGGGCAUUAUUAAUAACACACAAGGUCCGUUUGCAUUUUAAACUAAUAAUGUUGCCCGUGGAAUUUAAUUUCCCUUUGUGUCAUGUAAGCGCUGAUGAUGCAGGAUGACGGUCACGGUCCAUAUCACUUGAUUUUUACAGCUUUUUGCUAGUUGGGUGUUGGAGCCAUAUCUCGAUAGAAGCUAACCCUAAAAUAAUUGAAUCUGAUUUGAAUAAAAGGCUUGGAGAGACAGUCAGUUGAAAAGUAAUUACAAUCACAAUUUUUUUUUAAAUGGACAGUAUUGGCCACCAGUAACCGAUAUCAGUCAAACCCUAGUUUACACACCUCCAGCCCAGUAUUGAAGUCUGCACAACUAAUACGCUGCAGAGGCAACCCACUCUUCCCUUCCUGUGUUAUCUGUGUAUCCCCACCCACUACAUUUGAUUCAUACAGAAGGGAAAAAGAUUGAUUGCGCACAGGAGACAAAACACUCGGCUUCUCUCCCAGAAUCAUGAAUCGGUGAGUUUUUUUGUAACGCUAGACUGUGAACCUCGGAGUGAAACGAGCAAAGACUUUUCAUGAUGACUGUCUUGUGGAGAAGACGUCUUCACCUACUUAUUACAUCCCACACUACAAACCCAAGUCCUCUUUUUUUUUUUGUACUAAAAGUGGAAAAUAUUAUGAUAGGUUGACUAUAUAUACACACACACUUUACAUGCUAAAUACUGUAAACAUUUUUUUCAUUCCUUAUAUUUGAUUUUUUUUUUUUUUUUUUUUUUUUUUUAACUUUUUGUUACCAGAGACUGUACACCUAUUAUUAUUUUAUGUUCCUCGUUUAAAACACUAUUCAGCGCCAACAUGGAUGACUUCAAAUGCAGCAUUGUGAAAGAACAAAAUGAGCACCCUUUCAAAUAGGGAGGAGAGAUGCCCUGGGGAUGUUUAGAAGAUGAGAGGAGAAAGGUUUAGGGAUUUUAUUUUUUGUCUUCCAGCAGGGUUUGUAUGACAUUGUUAUUCAGAGAUGCUUUAGAGAUCAAAUCCACUUUAAAACACUAAAUACGGUUGCAUUUUUAUGUUUAACUGGUAAAACAGACAUGUCACUCUGUCAUUUCUUGUGCCAUGAUUGACAUCUUUUUAUUGCUUCUCAUCAGCUUUUUCCACAUUGAACACACUUGCUAUUAUUACACAUCAAGCUUUUUAAAACACUGAUCAUUAUGUCAAUAUGAAAAUAAACCAUGAAAUGGUUUAUUGGUCAUGGCUCAUGGUCUAUUACUGUAGGGAUUUUGCUGUAAAAUGUAAAUUCCCAACAUCGUUUUCUCAAAAGCAGCCAACUUGCAAUGUCCUCCGAAGACCCUUGUUACUCUGGAUAACCAGUAAACACUAAUUAGGUGGCUUAUACAUGGUUGCAAAAAUGUGGUAAACGGACCGAUGUAACGCUGUUGCCAGUGACAAUAACAUGGUUUUUAAGGAAAAAAUAUCAUCCUGUGGUCAUAGUCUUAUUACUCAUGUGGUCUAGCGAACUGUGAUUGCAUUGUACCUUUUGCUCAUGUGUCAACUUUCCCAUGAUGCAUAAAUGCAAUGGAUGCUUCUUGCAUGCUGACAAUGGUAAACUACAAUAUGAAGUGACAAAUCCCAGCUGCACAUCAAAGUUGUUUUUUGUUAGUCACCAGGGAGGAUCUUCAGCUACUUCCUCUCUACCUCAUGUUUUGCAUUGGAAAAGAUGAGUUUUGAGUCGGAAUUUACUGGCCUGAAGCCUGAGGCACGAUUGUUUUUGAUAUGUUAAAAUGAACAACACACACCAAAUGGUUUCCACAGCGCUUACAUAAAUACAUUUUGUGCUUUCCAAUUCACACGUUCAUCAAAGCCCUACGGGUCAGAUGUAUGAAAGAUACCUAUGCACAAAAAUCAUUUAUGUGUCACUUCCCAAACAUAUUUAUAGUAAAGACUGUAUGCUGAGGGGGUAUAUCUCGCACAUACAUCAAAACAGCAUGUAUGGUUUUCUUAAAGAAGCUAACUGACAUAGUAAAGCAGAAAUAAAAACAUAAGCUGAGAAUUGAAAUCUAAUGCACAGCAUCAUUUUAGGUUACUAGUCAAUUUCACAAAGAGUGAAUGACUUUUGCAGUCCAAACACCUACUGUAUAUAAUAUAUGUAAUCAAAGGCACACUUAUUUCAAUUCAAUUAAUUAAUUGCAUUUUCUGUAUUUGUAUGACCACACAGUUUCUCUUUAACCUACACAGACAUUUAUGCAUCUGACCCCAGACAUCCUGAAAUGUGUUCUGAGUUUACAAUGUGUUUAUUAAUUGUGAAUAUUUCCCUCCAUUUAUUGUUAUUGAUCAAAUUUAAGGAAAUUAUUUUUUGUAUGCUACAUUAAUGCCAUAUUUUUAUUACCUUGAUAUGUUUAUUAAGAAUUUUGAGCCAAACCUGUGGCUCAUUUACAGCCCUGUAAAAAUAAAUAAACACAUGCAAUAGUUUUAAGUCCCCAUAUUCCAUGUUUCUUUGUUAAGGUGAAAUAUUUGAAUUAAGUACAUUCAGUGGUUAAUGUGCUGAUGAAAGUCAGCUGUGUAACUACAUAAUUCACUACUAGCACAGAGUGCCUGUAGAGCUACAUGGGUAUAUAGGUGACCAAUUAACACUAAAUGACUGUUAGUGACAACAGUGCAAUGGUAAUGAAGUGUGCUGCUGCAAAUGUGUGUCAGUAAUUUUGAGGAAGUAGAAUCCUUUAAAAAAAAAAAAUCAAAACACUGCAUCAUGUCACAUAUUUUUUUAGGAAUUUUAAAUUAUCUAUUGUAUAAUUUGUAAUGACAAACCCACAACAAUACAAAAUUCUAAUCUGAAAAUGCAAAAUGCGAUGUCAUUGUCAAGUGUAGUUAUUUUACAUCAUUUUACAUUUAUUGGAUAUAAAAAAAGAAAAUGUUUUAAUGGUGGCCGUGGCCACAUUUUCCUGCAGUCAUUCUGUACUGGUACCACUUAUUUUUUAAAGGUUUUUGUAAUUUGUUGUAAUGCCUUUAUGCAAAGUGUUCAUUGAGUAUUCCAGUCAGAUGAAUAGCACUGAACUCUCACUCAUUGUUGCCUUUUAGAGAAAAUAUUCUCAUUUCAUAGUCAUGACAUUAUUGUAACUGGGCUGUGCCACAGCAGUUAGUUGAAGACCAAUGAAUACUUAAAAACUGUUUUUUUAAACGAUACCACUGAUGAUUCUACAAUGUGCACCUUAUCUCCUCUACAGCUCAAGAAAAAGCGCAUCAAGUAUCAUCAUGCCAAAUGUUUAAUUGUUCUUUUAGUUUUUUUUUUUUUUGCAAUGAUGAUAUAUUUUUGUUUUUGUGCCAUUUCACCCUUGCUUUAAAGAGGACCAAAACAAGCCAAAAUAGGACUAUUUUUUUAACGAGAUUGUACAAUGUGUCAAAAUGUUAUGAAAAUAUAUUAUUUGAAGUUAAAAUUGACCUUUUUUUUAAUUUCUGUAGCAUGUAAUGUGUUAAUAUACCUAGUCAAUAAAAAUAUAACAAAGUA